CGAUUUUUAUCUCGAGAUAAAGUUUACAUGAACACCGCUCUCGACGUGUGGCAGCUGUCAAAUGUUUUUAUUCAAGAAGCAUGAUAUUUAAUACAUAAAAUUCUGCUUAUGAAUUCUGCUAACAUAAGAACAAAUAUAUUAUUACAGCCUACCACUAAGACGUGUUUAAUUGUGACUUCCGUAAACGUGGAAUUCCAAAGUUAUUUUUAGAAACAAAACAUCUGUUCAAACCCAAUAGUGUAUUGCAACAUUUCUACAAGGUAUCUGAACUGUUAAAAGCACAGACAACGCAAACAUGGUGUUAGCAGAUUUAGGACGGAAGAUCACUUCGGCUUUACGGUCGUUGAACAACUCAACGAUUAUUAAUGAAGAGGUUCUAAAUGGCAUGCUGAAGGAGAUUUGUUCUGCUUUGCUGGAAGCUGAUGUUAACGUCAGACUUGUGAAAGGGCUCAGAGAAAAUGUCAGAUCCAUAAUCGACUUUGAUGAGAUGGCUGGAGGUUUAAACAAAAGACGAAUGAUUCAGUCCUCUGUGUACAAAGAACUUGUAAAGCUUGUGGACCCCGGAGUGAAGGCUUGGCAGCCAACCAAGGGACGCAACAAUGUCAUCAUGUUUGUCGGCCUACAGGGCAGCGGCAAGACAACCACAUGUACAAAGUUGGCCUACUAUUACCAGAAGAAAGGCUGGAGGACAUGUCUGAUCUGUGCUGACACAUUCAGAGCUGGGGCCUUCGAUCAGUUGAAACAAAAUGCCACGAAAGCCAGAAUACCUUUCUAUGGGAGCUACACAGAGAUCGAUCCAGUGGAGAUUGCUAAAGAGGGAGUGGACAAGUUUAAAUCGGAGAACUUCGAGAUCAUCAUAGUGGACACUAGCGGUAGACACAAGCAGGAGGACUCACUGUUCGAGGAAAUGUUACAAGUCUAUAAUAACAUUAUGCCAGACAAUGUGAUAUUUGUGAUGGACGCAUCUAUAGGACAGGCCUGUGAGGCCCAGUCAAAGGCGUUCAAGGAGAAGGUGGACGUUGGUUCAGUUAUAAUCACAAAGUUGGAUGGUCACGCCAAGGGAGGUGGAGCUCUUAGUGCAGUUGCGGCAACAAAGAGUCCUGUGAUAUUUAUCGGCACGGGGGAACACAUAGAUGACUUUGAACCCUUCAAAGUACAGCCCUUUGUCAGCAAGUUACUCGGUAUGGGGGACAUUGAGGGUCUGAUAGACAAGGUGAAUGAGCUGAAACUGGACGAUAACGAAGAGCUCAUGAAGAAAAUCAAACAAGGUCACUUUACAUUAAGAGACAUGUAUGAGCAGUUUCAAAAUAUCAUGAAAAUGGGUCCGUUUGGUCAGAUCAUGAACAUGAUUCCCGGGUUCAGCUCAGAUUUCCUGACGAAGGGUGGGGAGCAAGAGUCGAUGUCUCGUCUGAAGAAACUGAUGACCAUAAUGGACAGCAUGAAUGACGAUGAACUUGACAGCCUGGACGGAGAGCGACUGUUUACCAAGCAGCAAAGUCGAACACAGCGCGUGGCUCGCGGGGCGGGGGUGUCCAUACGGGAGGUUAACGAGUUACUCACACAGUAUAAGAAGUUUGCCCAGAUGGUGAAGAAGAUGGGAGGAAUAAAGGGACUGUUUAAGGGAGGUGAUAUGAGCAAGAACGUGAACCCGACCCAGAUGGCCAAACUCAACACACAGAUGGCCAAGAUGAUGGACCCGCGAGUUCUCCACCAAAUGGGUGGUAUGCAGGGUCUGCAGAAUAUGAUGAGACAGUUCCAGCAGGGGGCUGGGGGGAAAGGUGGGGGGAUGGGAGGGAUGGCGAACAUGUUCAACGGUAUGGGAGAGAAAUAACACAAACACAUUCACAUAUUAUUGGACUUAAAAAGAUUGACCUUGUGAAAGAGUGUUCAUAUUAAGAUCACUAGCUACUGUUCAUGGAGUCAUCACAGUAAAGAAAUAAAAGUGAGGAUUAUGCUUUGGCAAAGCGUCAUGAUAAUGAAAAUGAUCAAUUCACAUUCUUUCACGUAAUAUUUUAAAAGGAUUUUACAAGGUGAAGUGAGUUGUUGCUUAGUUUUCAUAAUUGAUAUGUUUCACCAUACAUGUAUUUUACAUGUAUCUUUAUACAUACGAUAAACGAUAAGUAAUUUUACUAAGGUCACUAUUAUAAACAAACAGAUCUGUGUCGAGAUGGUUUGGCAAGUCUAAUGAGUUACUUCUACAUUGUGGUGCAAGUUCAUGUAUAUGUCAUCAUUAUAAUGCCAUGUUCAUCAGAUUUAUUGUAUACAUACUGUACACAUUUUUGUGACUAUUGAUCAUAUUAUUUGUAACUGUUGAUCAUGUUGUUUUGCAACUUUUUGAUUUAUAUUAAAAAUAUAUUGUCUGUGCAAAAAGAUGUAAUAAAGACUGUUAAAAGAG